AUGUCCAUUGGGGAAAUCGUAUCAGUAGCGGCAUCACUUGGAGAUCACGAUCAGACAUAUGCUUCUCAGCCAAGAAUAAUAUGGUUAACGAUGGUAACCGUCUCCUCCGUCGUGAUAGCCACAAUCCCCCGCACAAACAUGUUCUGGACAUCACUUGGGACGGGCAAAGCCUCGGCAGGAAUCACAGGACACGAAUUCGAAUAUUCCGGCAGCCACCCUAGCGAACAAGGGACCAAGCUGUCAAAUCUCACACCGUUCUCAAGGAGCACGAAAAACAAAACCGAGUUUCCUUCAAAUAUCAGCUGGGAAAUGGACGACAUUCGCGAGCUUGGCGGGUCUCCUAGUGUACCCCAGUCGGGGGAUGAGCUGGAGCGUCCUGGGAGCGAGGAUCAACUUCAACUUGUGCCGAAACAUAAAUCGAAUAUUCAUACCAGCGUAUAUGCUCAGGGGCUUAGAGGUGAGCCGGCAACAGAAAGGUCCAGAAGGGGCUCGAGCCGCUCGACGUCAGAUGAUGGUAGCAGUCAACACAGUAUACGUCAGGGUAAUGGAGUGUGGGUAAAGAGAGAAGUGAAUGUGCAAGUAGAAACAGACCACGCUUGA